GGUAUUUUGGAAAUAUUUGCUGUGUCUCAGGGGAUUGUAGGAAUACGAGGAGUUUUCAGCAACAAAUUUUUAGCGAUGUCAAAAAAAGGAAAACUCCAUGCAAGUGCCCGGUUCACGGUGGACUGCCAGUUUCGGGAGCGCUUCCAGGAGAACAGCUACAACACCUACGCCUCGGUGGUCCACCGCAGCCCGCGCUCGGGUCGCCAGUGGUACGUGGCGCUCAACAAGCGGGGCAAAGCCAAGCGGGGCUGCAGCCCCCGUGCCCGGCCUCAACACGUCUCCACACACUUCCUCCCCCGCUUUCGGCAGCCCCAGCCCCCCGAGCUCGCCUUCACCGUCACCCUCCCUGAAAAGAAGCCCGUGCCGCCACCAAAACCGAAGGUCGCCCCCUCCCCACCUCGGAAAAACCCCAGCCCCGUCAAGUACCGGCUGAAGUUUCGCUUUGGGUAG